AAACUACAUUCAACGCAUUUUUUUUUUCACGUGAAGUAAACUAACUGAAAAUCCACAUUCACAAAAUGGCAUUCAAGGUCAUCUUCUGCAUUGCCGCCAUGGCGAUUGCCUGCGCCCAGGCCAAGCCCGGCGGCCCAGCUGCCUACUCGAUUAACGCGCCCAGCGUGGACCACGCCUCCGUUGGCAAUACACAGGAGCACACCGUGAAGGGACACUACGGCCAGUCGUCGCAGUCGGACUACGCCAGCCAGGUGCAAACCGCCCACUCGCAGUCCCACGUGCAGCGCUCCAGCAUCAGCAACGAUGGCGGUCUGGCGCCUCUGGCCAGCGGCCAUGGCCUGGCCUACGGCGGACACUACGCAGCCGCCGCCGCCGCCGCACCCGCCAUCGCCUAUGGCGGCCACUACGCCUCCGCGCCCAUCGCAUCCUAUGGCGGCCACUAUGCAGCCACGGCGCCCGCUCUCCAGCUGUCGGGCGGCUCCCACCUGAGCCUGGGCAGCCUCGGCAGCCUCGGCAGCCUGGGCUAUGGCUAUGGCUAUAGCGCAGCUGCUGCCGCACCGGCUCUCUCCCACGGCUACCAGCUGGCCGCCCCAGCCGCCGCUCCGAUUGUGAAGUACGCCGCCGCUCCAGCCUAUGCACCUGGCAUCAUUGGACACGGCAUUGGACUUGCUGCCGCUCCCGCCUACGCAGCGCCCGCCUAUGCCACGCAUCUGGCCGCCGCCCCAGUGCUCAAGGCCGCCGUCGCACCCGCCCUGGUGCACACCUCCGUCUCCGGCCACGGCAUUCAGUACGGCUACUAGAACAGCGAGAUGAGCCAACGUAUCCAACCAUCCCCCCAGCAUGGAGCAAAGGACUGCAAAUAAUAUUCGUGUCGAGCUAAAAAGCUUCUAAUGCAACUCAAACUCAAAUUCACA